AUGGCGGACCCUUUGCCAGAAGAGGACCCUGGUGCCCAGUCCACCCAUGGUGGUCUGGCUGGGCGCUGGCCACACCUGAAGUGCCAACAUUUGGACUUUUGCACCUACCUUUCCCUUGGCCUAGCUGUUCCAAGCUGCCGGGGACUGAACCUGUCAGACCUCAACCCUGCUCACUGUGCCCAGGGAGCACAGGAGGAGCUCCAGGCUAAUAAAGUGGACAAACUACCUUUCCAGAGUGGCCUUGACUUGGGAUCCCCGGGCCCCCUUCCCGCAGUGUGGCAGCACCCGUUCCUGAACGUCUUCAGACACUUCAAGGUGGACGAGUGGACGCGGUCCACCAAGGAGGGCGACGUGGCCCUGGUGACGGACAAGACUCUGAAGAGCACCGUGUAUCGCAUCCGGGGCUCCGUCUCCGCUGGCAAUUACAUCCAGCUCCCCAAAACUAGCACCCAGUCCCUGGGGCUGACCGGGCGGUACCUGUAUGUGCUCUUCCGGCCCCUGCCCUCCAAGCACUUUGUCAUCCACUUGGACGUGUCCACCAAGGACAGCCAGGUCAUCCGCGUGUCUUUCUCCAAUCUCUUCAAGGAGUUCAAGUCCACGGCCACAUGGCUUCAGUUCCCUUUCAUUUUUGAAGGCAGGACAUCCGGGAGAGACCUGGCAGGCGCGGCUCCUCCUUGUGCCCAUUGGACCUGCCUACAGCUCGACUUGCAGGACAUCCUUCUAGUCUACCUGAACCGGCACUAUAGCCAUCUCAAGAGCAUCAAGUUGUGUGCCAGUCUGCUGGUCAGAAACCUCUACACCAGCAACUUGUGCUUCGACCCUGCUGUCUCUGUCACUGAGGCCCGGCGGGCACAGCUGCCUGUCACUCCUGUGCCUCGAGAGAUGGCAUUCCCGGUGCCAAAGGGGGAGAGCUGGCACGACCACUACGUCCACAUCCGGUUUCCAAGUGACAGCCUGAAAGCACCUUCCCAGCCGAUUCAGAAGAGCUGUUCCCCUUCUGAGGCAGUCCUCAUGGGGCCUAUGCCACAGCCUUUCCCUCACCUGGUGGCUUUCAGCAAACCCGUGCAGGACAGCAUAUCCUCUGUGGUCCAGAUACCCAACCCCACAGCCUCCCAGCAGGCCCCCUCGGCGGCCAAGCCCCUUCCAGAAGUCAGCCUGUCUCGUGAGUGCUCAGAAGUCUUCAAAGUUGGUGGCCUUGGCAUCCAUGGCCAAGAGCCUUCGGCCCAGGUGGAGACUGCCGACUCACACAUGGCUGUCAGUGGUGUCCACGUGUUUGCCCAUGAGUCAGCUGUGGGGCCCAUGGCCCUGGAGGACGCCAGCUCCCGAGAGCCUCCUGGCAGAAAGCAGAGCUGGCAGGAGACAGCUUUGGACAAGAAUCUUUCUCGACAAAGAAGCUUCCUCCCGGACCCAAUCCUGAGGCUCAAGCGGGUCAUCGGUUUUGGGGGCCACAGCACCAAAUGGGCCCUGUGGACCAAGGAUGGGGUGGCUGUUGUCUACCCCUGCCAUGCGGUCAUUGUUGUCCUGCACAUUGACACUGGGGACCAGCGCUUCUUCCUCGGCCACACGGACAAGGUCUCCACCCUGGCGCUGGAUGGGAGCAACUUGCUGCUAGCCUCGACACAGGUCCGGCCUCCCAGCAUAGUGCGGCUCUGGGACUUCCACACCGGGGGGUGUCUGUCCCUGUUCCAGAGCCCAAUGCAUGCCGUCUGCUCCCUCAGCUUCUCCAACAGUGGAGCCCUUCUCUGUGGCAUCGGCAAGGACCACCACGGGAGGACGGUGGUGGUGGCAUGGGGCACAGGCCAGGUGGGCCUUGGUGGCGAGGUGGUGGUUCUCGCAAAGGUGCACACUGACUUUGACAUCCAGGCCUUCCGGGUCACCUUUUUUGAUGAAAGCAGGAUGGCAUCCUGCGGGCGGGGCAGCGUGCGGCUGUGGAGGCUGCGUGGGGGGGAGCUGCGCUCCUGCCCUGUGGACCUGGGAGUGCAUCACAUGCUGCAGUUCACUGAUCUCGCCUUCAGUCAGGCCCAGGAAGGCCCCACUCUGUAUGUCUGCAGCCGCAGCGGCCACAUACUGGAGAUUGACCACCAGCGCAUGGCUGUGCAGCAGACCCGCCACCUGGUGCCCACGCCGACCCCCGGCGGCCCCCACCCACAGAAGCAGACCUUCAGCUCAGGCCCCGGCAUUGCCAUCAGUAGCCUCAGCGUCUCCCCAGCUGUGUGCGCUGUGGGCUCCGAGGAUGGCUACCUGCGACUCUGGCCCCUGGACUUCUCCUCAGUGCUCCUGGAGGCAGAGCACGAGGGCCCCAUCAGCUGGGUCUGCGUCAGCCCUGAUGGCCUGCGUGUACUAUCCAGCACCUCCUCAGGCCACCUGGGCUUUCUGGACAUCCCGUCCCGGGAGUACAGUGUGCUGGUCCGUUCCCACAUGGCCCCAGUGCUGGCGCUCUCCACAGAGCAGAGCCGAGGGCAGCUGGCUACCGUGUCCCAGGACUGCACCGUCCGUAUCUGGGACCUGGCCACCUUGCAGCAGCUGUAUGACUUCAAGUCACCUGGUGAGGCCCCAUGCGCUGUCGCUUUCCACCCUGUGCAGCCGACCUUCUUCUGUGGCUUCAGCAGUGGGGCCGUGCACUCCUUCAGCCUGGAGGCCACCGAGGUCCUGGUGGAACACAUGUGUCACCGAGGAGCCAUCACCGGCCUGGCUGUCACCCCCAAUGGCAAAUUUCUCUUCAGCUCUUGCUCCCUGGGCACCCUGGCCCAGUAUAGCUGCGCCAUCCCGCGGAGCUGUGUCCUCCAAGUGGCAGUGGACAUGGUGUGCCGGGAUUCCCACCUGAGCCCCAAUGCCCUGGCAGUGAGUGGGGACAGCCGCCUCCUGGCCUUUGUGGGCCCCUCCAGGUGCACAGUGACGGUCAUGGACUCGGCCUCCCUGGGUGAGCUGCUGCGUGUCGACAUCAGCACCCCAGACCUGGCCAGCAGCCGCCUGGACUCGGCCGUGGCUGUCUGCUUUAGCCCUGCAACACUAGGUCACCUGCUGGUGUCCACAUCAUCCAACAAAGUUGUGGUGCUGGACGCCACGUCAGGCUGCACUGUCCGUGAGCUAUCCAGUGUCCACCCUGUGGCCUGCGCUUCCCUGGCUCUCAGCGAGGAUGCCCGCUUCCUGCUGACGGCCACUGGCCGGGUCGUCAAGGUGUGGGACUACUCGAUGCAGGCUAGCCCCAGUUGCCAGGUGUACAUUGGCCACUCAGAGCCCGUGCAGGCAGUGGCCUUCACCCCUGACCAGCAGCAGGUCCUCAGCGUGGGGGACGCCAUCUUCCUCUGGGACAUCCUGGUCACCCCUGAGAGGGAUCAAAGCUUGCCCAUGUCACCCUCUGCCUGUGAGCCUGGCCCAGGCCCAGGGCAGCUAAAGGAUGUGGCAUCUGGGGCCAACAGUCUCCCCCGGCAGCAGGUGCCUGUGCCAUUCCAGGCAUGUCCACGACAGCUUGGUGUCUGUGCCAGGCCUCCUGAGGGCAAUAAUGGCACUUUCUCCACAUCGGAUGAGGAAGGGUCCUGUGAGGAGAGCCACGGCCUCAAUGGGCUACGCCGGGCCCCAGGCCCACCCGUACUAGUGGGAAAGGAGGCCAGCUGGGCUGGAGAUGGGGCCUGGGGGGCUGCCAGGGGCUCCCAGGGGCUCAUUGUGCCUCCCUGUCCCGACGGCCAGCCCAGUUCCCAAAGCACUGGAGAAGUAGGACCUGAGCCUGCCACCCACCCAGUUUCCUGCAAGCACUUCUCAGCCCACUGCAAGGCCUCCAUGCUGGCCAAGGGCAUCUCCUUCCCUCCCGCCCAUGGCAAGCAGCUGCGCCUGAAGGCUGUCGUGGGCUACAGUGGGAAUGGGUGGGCCAACAUGGUCUGGAGGCCGGACACAGGCUUCUUUGCCUACACAUGUGGUCGCGUGGUGGUGGUGGAGGACCUGCAUUCUGGCACCCAGAAGCACUGGCUUGGCCACCCAGAGAAGAUCUCCACACUGGCCCUCAGCCACAAUGCCCAGGUCCUGGCCUCUGCCUCAGGCCACAGCAGCGCAGCCGCCCACUGCCAGAUCCGCAUCUGGGAUGUGUCUGGGGGCCUCUGCCAGCACCUCAUUGUUCAUCAUAAUACCACUGUGCGGGCCCUGGCCUUCUCUCCUGACGACAGGCUCCUUGUUACACUGGGGGACCAUGGUGACCGCACUCUCGCCCUAUGGAGCACAGUCACCUACAAGCUUGUGUCCUCUGCCCGCCUCCCAGAGCCGGUGCACAGCAUGGCCUUCAAUCCCUGGGAUGCCAGCGAGCUCGCCUGUGUGGGCCGUGGUGCUGUCACCUUCUGGCACUUGCAGCAGCGGGGGGCAGACGUCAGUCUCCAGGUGCACCAAGAACCGAUCCCCAAGGAGGCGGGGGCGGGUGAGCUGACCUCACUCUGCUAUGGGGCUGCCUCUCUGCUCUACUGUGGCUCUAGCUCUGGCCAGGUCUGUGUCUGGGACCCGUGUGCCAGCCGCUGCUUUCUGGCCUGGGAGGCGGACAAUGGCGAGAUCGGAGUGCUGCUAUGCUCAGGCUCGAGACUGGUCAGUGGCAGCAACACGAGGCAGCUGCGCCUGUGGGCUGUGGGGGCCGUGCCGGAGCUGAGGCGCAAGGGCUCACGUGCCAGGUACAGUUCUGUGUUCAUGGAACGUGAGCUGACCCUGGAUGGGGCCGUUGUAAGUGCCAGCUUCGAUGAUGGCAUGGACAUGGGCGUUGUGGGCACCACUGCGGGUACACUCUGGUAUGUCAGCUGGGCCGAGGGCUCUAGUACCCGCCUCAUCAGUGGCCACAGGAGCAAGGUGAACGAAGUGGUUUUCAGCCCCAGCGAGUCCCACUGCGCCACAUGUGGCGAGGAUGGGAGCGUGAGGGUGUGGUCCUUGGCCAGCAUGGAGCUGGUGAUCCAGUUCCAGGUGCUGAACCAGAGCUGCCUCUGCCUGGCAUGGAGCCCCCCGUCCUGCACACGCCCAGAGCAGCAGCGGGUGGUGGCGGGCUACAGUGACGGCACGUUGCGGGUCUUCAGCAUCUCCCAUACCGCAAUGGAGCGGAAGAUGCGCCCCCACCCAGCUGCACUGACGGCCAUUGCCUUCUCCCCCAAUGGUCAGACUGUCCUCUCUGGAGACCAGAAUGGUCUUGUGGCUGUGAGCUGCCACCGCACAGGGAUGACCUUCUGUGUGCUGAGUGAUCACCAGGGUGUCCCAAUUUCCACCAUCCAGAGCACAAGCAAAGAGUAUGGAGACUUAGGGGUGGAGGGUACAGAGCUAUGGCUGGCUGCCAGCGGGGACCAGCGGGUCAGUGUCUGGGCCUCUGACUGGCUGCGGGACCACUGUGAGCUCGUGGACUGGCUGAGCUUCCCGGCACCUGCUGCUGUGCAGGCUUCUGGCUGCCCGCUGUCCUCUCUUGCUGCCUUCUGCCCCUGGGACAGGGCACUGCUGGUGUGCGUGGGCCUUGGCCUGCAUGAGGAGGUGAUCUUCUACAGCCUGCGCCAGAAGCAGGUGGUGGAGAAGAUACCGCUGCCUUUCUUUGCCGUAUCCCUGAGCCUGUCUCCGGGGGCCCGUCUCAUGGCCAUUGGCUUCCCUGAGUGUGUGCUGAGGCUGAUGGACUUUGCAUCGGGGACCGCCCAGGAUUUUGCUGGCCAUGGUGAUUCUGUGCAUGUGUGCAGGUUCACCCCAUCUGCCAGGCUGCUCUUCUCAGUAGCCCACAAUGAGAUCCUGGUGUGGGAGGUCACGGGCCACUGAGCUGACCCAGGACCGCCGUAUCAGGUGCCCCUGCCGGCAUGCUGGGCACCUGGUUAGGGGCUGGGCUGAGAAGCCAGAUUGUCAAUGGCCUUGUGCUGGGCCUAGAUGGCUGGGACAGGCCAGGACUCCAUGUAAUCAUCAGGACCAAGCUGUUCUGAAUUUGGGUGACGUGAAAGUACUCGAACUACCUGUCGGAUUUUUUCCUAAGGGGUUUUUAAUGUUUCUGCCUGUACAGUUUAAAUAAACGUUGGAGUUUUGCGUUA